GAUGCUGUUCAAUUGGCUGGCUCGCCAAGUGAGUCCGCGAGUCCAGUCGGUCGCUAGUGGCUUGGCGAGCACGGCCAACACAGCUCGCUCGCGCCUCGCUCACGCGUGUCCUUCACUCUGAAUUGGCCGCUCGUCGAAAAGACCGGUUCUCGCGCAACGCCCAGAUGGAAAUGGGGUAAGGCGCGUCAGCCUGAUGGCUGGUGCAUCAGCGACUGGGCCAGUUUGAUUAGCUUUUUACAUCGAUGAAUGAUUCGCUGGUGCAAGAUGCGGCUCCAACGUCGGUCUAUCUCGAUUUUAUGGAAGGGUCGCGUUUUUGGAUCCAGAGGGUGCUGGUUCCGAUCGUGGUGUUCGUCGGCAUCCUGGGUAACGUAGUGACGGCGAUCGUGUUGACGCGUCGACGUAUGCGGAGCUCCACCAACGUCUACCUGACUGCGUUGGCCGCCUCCGACUUACUCUACCUGCUCUUCCUCUUCUCGCUAUCACUCGCGCACUAUGGCCUGUCCGGCCUCACAGCCGACGCCUACUGGACCUACUGGCGCUUCGGACUUUGGCUCACAGACGCUACAAGCAGCACCUCGAUAUGGUUGACGGUGUCGUUCACGGUGGAGCGAUACAUCGCCGUUUGCCACCCGAUGCGUGGCAAAAUGCUGUGCACCGAGUCGAGAGCGCGCAAAGUCACGGUGCUCGUUUACGUCCUCUGCUUCCUGAGCACCUUCUCGACGCCGUUUGAGUGGCAGACGGUGCGAAAGCCCAUCGAACCUGCCGACUUCGACGACGCUAUAGGCCCCAACAUUACCGUUUCAGAGUUGGAGACUCGGGUGACGGUGGAGCUGACAGAGCUGGGCAAACUGCACUCGUACCGCACAAUCUUCUACUGGUUCUCUAGUCUCGUGUUUGUUAUUCUUCCACUCGUACUGCUCGUCGUGUUCAACUCGUUCCUCGUGCUCGCCGUGCACAAGUCGCAGCGCCAACGCAGGCAACUGACUCAGUCCUUUGGUUUAACGUCAGAGCGGCACCGUCCAGCCGACGGCAGCCAGCAGAACAACGCACAGCAGGAGAACAAGAUCACGGUCACCCUGAUCGCGGUGGUGGUGCUGUUCCUUAUCUGUCAGAGCCCCACGGCGGUCACCCUUAUCUACACGUCAUUCGCAGACGACCCGGAGCCCAACUCGAGUCAGGACCAUCUGCUGCGAGGGCUCGGCAACAUCUUCAACUUGCUGGUCGCUGUCAACGCCGCGUGCAAUUUCCUCCUCUAUUGCGCCCUCAGCGACAAGUAUCGGCGAACCUUCGCCAUGACUUUUCUUCCCCGCAGGUGCUGGGCCCGGAGAGACCUCAGAAAUACAACAGUUAUGGGCGCGACGAGCUACAUCGAAUCACCUCGUCGUUUUUCGCGAAGUGCAAGUCUCUACAGGGACAACAGCCCAACAAAGGCGGAGUAUUUGCAAGUGCCGCUCAACGGGCGCAGCGGGGCCGGUCCCACUGGCCCUUGCCUCCGCAGACACCAGUCAGCUUAUAUACCAAGAGAAAGACAGAUUCUUGAUGCAUGCAAAUUUCUAGGCGAUUAUCAGAGAUUCAUCAUGUUGACUGACAAUGAGCAACAGCAGGCCAGCUCGCCGACGAGCAGUCACGAAUCGACGUCGAUAUUGGGCAGCCUGAACAGGGCGAGCGUGUUUGUCAGCAGCAGCAGGGGCAGCAGCGAAUGUAAACUGGGCUCUCCCAUGGCCGAGAGUUCCAGUCUGCUCUUUGAACUCAAGAAUCCCGCAGGGACCGGCCCGGGGGCCGGCACCCCCGCCAAGCUGCUCUGCUGGAAAAUGCCAAAGCGGACAAAGAAAGACGACCUCUUGAGUCAGCAAUUGAAAAUUACUGUCUCUGACACUGAAGUUCACGCACUAAGUUCGGUUUAAUUUUUGCACACAAGUGGAAAUCAAGAGCAGUGUGAUAUGUAUUUUAAGUUUUGACUAGAGGACACUCCAAAUAUUGCGUCAUUAAUUUUGCGUCUGCUUUAAGGUGGGUGGUGAAUCUGAGGUAUUUCUAAGUUUUGAGAAUCACUUAUUUUGAUUUGAGUCGAGUAUGUUGGUCUUGUAACUUAAUUGUUUAGUCCCGUUUAUCUGGCGCCAAGAGGAUACUCAACAACAUAUUAAGCACAUAAAAAUACCUGACUAAGAAUAUACAUUUGAAAUUUUGUCGAGUUUUCCACUCGUUGCAUUUUUCAGGAGAUAAUCAUCUAAAAUAAUUGUGUUUCCUGAAGUUUAAUCAAAUUUUAAAUAAAGAUUGAAAAACCGAAUUCGCCUAGAGUUUAUUUUAAUGGAAAACGUUGAAUUCGAAAAAAAAAACAGUUUCACGGAUAUAAAUUUGAAUGUGGUGUAACAUCUACUGCAAGCUUGCUCAGUGUUAUAAAUGUCGGCUCAUACGCACUGAGUUGCCAAAAUAUUUCAGUGGUUAAACCACCAAACUCUCAUUGUCUAAAGCAUAAAAUAUAAAACAACAUUAUGAUAAUAUCCACGGAAACCCUCCUGAAUGAGCUUGGACGGCGAUCAUAUUAAAUAAUUAUGCGUAAUACUAUAUUAUACGUGUAUAGCGUUACAUGAAUGGAAACUGGGAAAAAGAAAAAAUGAAUGUGUCAUAAAUAAAUAUAGUCAAUGUCCAUAAUA